AUGUUCGGACCGGCUAUCGAUCAACCGGAUUUCAGUGAAACAUUUUUUCGUUCCCUAUUGCGGUGGGUUGAUGUGGAAACGUGUGGCCGCUUCCUAUCUGAGAAUGUCCCUAUACGAGGUUCGAUCAAUUCCAGUUGGGCAGGAUUGGGUCUACCCCUGCGAUUGCCCAGUUCACCGAACGCGGAAACAUUUCGUCUGAUCAUUCUGCAUGCUCGAAACAAAUCCACUCGUGCUUCUUUGCCUUUCGGAGGCAGUCGUAUAAGAGGUAGCAGUCUGCUAAACUCUGAUCCCGGACGACCUUCCGGAGUUACCCUGACACACGAGGCUGCUUUAACAGUGUCUCAAUCGAACAGCAUAGUGUACACCGUGGACUUGAGACCUACAACCGAUUCACCCAGUUCGAACAGCCUCGAAGCAGAUGAACGCUGGGCCCAGAUGCGUAUGGAAUUGAUUGCGGUCAUCGCUAUCAUGUCGGACAAUCAGAAAUUGCUUAUUCUCGGUUUGCAACGCACCGCAUCCGAUUUGGGCAAUCGGAUCAGACCGUACGAAGUGGUCAAGCACCUGAAUAUUGCGAGCAGUUCCAGUGAGACUGGAAAACUAUUGAAUGAAAAACGGAUCAAUUGGCGGGUAUGGUGUACAAGUGCGGACGAGGUGAACAGUGCUCAUUUGGAACAAAUAUUCUCUUGGUUGACAUACGAUGAGGAAUCGAUUUUGAAAUAA